UUAAGUAUUAACACAUCAUUACAAGCAUCUCAAAAACAACUUCAUAUUUAGAGCACAAAAUUUCUCAAAGUUUUUCUUACAAUUACAAUUAUUUUGGUCCUAAGAAAAUGACACUAAAUCAGAAGAUGUUGGACACUGCUGGGCAAGUUAUCCGCUGCAAAGCUGCUGUGGCAUGGGAAGCAGGAAAACCCCUUGUAAUAGAGGAAGUAGAGGUUGCACCUCCCCAAAAAAUGGAGGUUCGAGUGAAGAUCCUCUUCACCGCUCUUUGUCACACUGAUGUUUACUUUUGGGAGGCCAAGGGUCAAACACCAGUUUUCCCUCGUAUUCUGGGUCAUGAAGCAGGAGGGAUUGUUGAGAGUGUUGGAGAGGGAGUGACUGAAGUACAACCAGGUGAUCAUGUUCUCCCGGUCUUCACAGGCGAGUGCAAGGAAUGUGCGCACUGCAAAUCAGAAGAGAGUAACAUGUGUGAUCUCCUGAGGAUAAACACUGACAGGGGUGUGAUGCUUAAUGACGGGAAAUCGAGGUUUUCAAUCAACGGCAAACCCAUUUUUCAUUUUGUUGGAACAUCCACAUUCAGUGAAUACACAGUGGUUCAUGUUGGUUGUCUGGCUAAGAUCAACCCUGAAGCACCCCUAGACAAAGUAUGCGUUCUGAGCUGCGGAAUCUCUACAGGUUUUGGUGCUACUGUGAAUGUUGCUAAACCAAAGAAGGGACAGACAGUCGCUGUUUUUGGCCUAGGAGCUGUUGGCCUUGCUGCUGCAGAGGGUGCCAGAGUUUCUGGUGCAUCAAGGAUUAUCGGUGUGGACUUGGUUUCCAGUAGGUUCGAAGCAGCGAAGAAGUUUGGUGUGACUGAUUUCGUGAAUCCUAAAGACCACAAAAGGCCAGUUCAAGAGGUAAUUGCUGAGAUGACCAAUGGUGGAGUGGACCGAAGUGUUGAAUGUACCGGAAAUAUCCAAGCCAUGAUUUCUGCUUUCGAAUGUGUCCAUGACGGCUGGGGUGUAGCUGUUCUUGUUGGAGUACCCAACAAAGAUGAUGCUUUCAAGACCCACCCCGUAAACUUCCUAAAUGAGAAGACACUCAAGGGAACUUUCUUCGGUAACUACAAGCCUCGUACAGAUUUACCAUCGGUCGUGGAAUUGUAUAUGAAGAAGGAGCUUGAGCUAGAGAAAUUCAUAACUCAUGAAGUCUCCUUCAAGGACAUCAAUAAGGCCUUUGAUUACAUGUUGAAGGGGGAGAGUAUCAGGUGCAUUAUCCGCAUGGACGCGUAGACGGAAGAUUAAGCUCUACCAGUCUACCUUCAACAGUACAUUCUAUCAAGAUACAAAAGUGUUAAUAGAGAUGAUAAAAGUGGAAUUUCAUAGUCUUGUAGUUGUAUCUAUUUCAUUGUUGUAUUAACGUAAAUGUUGCUUAUUUAUUAGGACGAGUUUUUGUGUUUA